UCCGUCCACAGCAAUACAAGAUACCACAUCACAGCUUCAUUCCACCACUGCUGCACCAACAACAACCAUGCAGAAUACCACAGCUACCAGUACAACACUCAGUCCAACUACUGUUCCUUCAACAAUAACCACUCGAACUACAGCUAGCACUACACCGUCUACAACACAAGCUACAACCAAUACUCCGUCCACAGCAAUACAAGAUACCACAUCACAGCUUCAUUCCACCACUGCUGCACCAACAACAACCAUGCAGAAUACCACAGCUACCAGUACAACACUCAGUCCAACUACUGUUCCUUCAACAAUAACCACUCAAACUACAGCUAGCACUACACCAUCUACAACACAAGCUACAACCAAUACUCCGUCCACAGCAAUACAAGAUACCACAUCACAGCUUCAUUCCACCACUGCUGCACCAACAACAACCAUGCAGAAUACCACUACUACUACCACAGCUACCAGUACAACACUCAGUCCAACUACUGUUCCUUCAUCAACCAGUAAAAUUGCAAGUCCACCACCAGAUACUACAACUGAGGGAAUAACAACCUUGCCGACAAGCACAACCAAAGACUCAAACCAAAUUGUUGCAGUUUGGAGAAUGAAGAUUUCCUCAUCAUCUCCACUGUCUGAUGAACACAUCAGGAACACUGUCAUCCAACAGAUCAAAGAUGAACUGGUGAGUCGAGGGAUGCCAUCAGACAUCACUUUACGUCUUUUGAGCAGUGUGAGACUGGAGCCUACAUCAGCGCCCCCUGCUGACAUAACCUGAAAAAUGUAUUUUCUGCCACCUUUCAAAUUGAAAACUGAAGGAUAAAUACUUUUUUUUUCAAACCAAGGGGAAAUUUUACUUUUAUCACUCAUUUGUUGAGACACUUACAGGCCAAAAUACACACUCAUAAACAAACAGGAUCAUAUGGACAUGUAUUGAUGGAGAUAUGUCAGAUUGAGGAGUUGCACACAAAAGGGUGUUCAAGGAGUUAGUGAUGCCUUGCUCAGUGGUACUUUUAGCAGUGCCCAGCUAGUCAACUUGCAUA